AUGUACCACUUGGUCGAUGCAAGUCUAUCCAAAGAUCACGUGAUUGCUGGUCAAGCUGUUCAGGGGCUUCGACGUUAUAUUCGACAUCUGUUAGCGGACAUGAAUGCCGCACACAAGGUUCGUGAAAGCCAGUUGCAUUCUAUGAACAAACAAAUGCGGGAGAAGUUGCAGGCCAUCCGGGAAAGUUUGAAACACGUUUUGUUGGCUUACGUGUAA